CCAGACCCGGCUGCACGGAUCGGCCGAACGCCGGACACGGCCGAAGCCGGGAUGUGAUAAGAUUUGAUAAAGUCAGCCGAUAAGAUUGCACACUUGCCUCCUCCUCCCUUGAACUCCUGGGGCUGCCGCCAUCUGAGCAAUGUCGUCCGCCGUGGCACCCGGCUCUGCAUCGUCUUCGACGACACUCUGGGCGACAGCCUCCAAGGAAUGGGUCAUUCCUUCGAAACCAAAGCCGGGCAGGAAGCCCAAGAAAGAGACCAUCCAGGCGAAGGACGGCGACAACCAGGUGGAUGACAAGGGUCGUCGCGUGCAGAACAGGGCCGCCCAGCGCGCCUUUCGGGAGAGGAAGCAAUCGCAGCUCGCAGAGCUGCAGGCUCGCCUCCAAGCAUACGAACAGGGCGAGAUUGAGCGCAAUGUCGCGCUGCAGAAUAUUGCGAAGCGAUUGAAGGAGGAGAACGAGGCACUGCGCCAGGAAAAUAUCGCGCUGAAGGAGAAGCUGAGCAAGUAUGAGGACCAACAGCAACAGCAGCCGACGGCGUCGACGUCGGCGCUGCCACCCGAGAACGAGAAAAAGCGAGGGCGUGCUGCAUCUGCGUGUACUUCACGCAAGAAGUCCAAGGUUGACCCGCCACCUGCUGAACCUCAGGUGACGUCGCCCUACGCCCCCAUAGCCUCCCCGCCAGAGCUCGUCUCGUCGCCCGAGUCCGUCGACACACCCGAGGACCUGCGCUACUCACCCCCACUCACCGUCGACCCGCCCCAAACCUGCUACUCCUCAUCCUCCAAGCCCAGCACAUACGCCCAGGCCAUCUCUGAGCCCGCCUUCGACUGUGGCUUCUGCUCUGAGGACACACCCUGCGUCUGCCGCAUCGCGUUCCAGCAGGCGAGCGAGGGCCUGGCCGCGGAGGCGCAGAAGUUGAGCGCGCCCUCGCUCCCGACGCUCAUCGCAUUCGACGACCCGGACAAGUCGUCCAUCCUCGACAACCUGCCGACGUACCAGCCGCCCGUGCCCCUGCGUCGCCGCGCGGCAGCCGCCCCGGUCAACUCGAUCUUCGCCGUUGCACCGGUCAACUCCUCCGCCUCAGCCGAGCCUAUGUGCUCCGGCGACCCCUCUAACUGCGCCGCGUGCGCCAGCGACACGUUCGGCAAGGCCUUCUGCGAGGCGCUCGUCGAGUCGAGCGAGGCGGAACCCGCCCCAGCUGCCCGCUGCGCGGACUGUCCGGGCGAUUGCGACCGCAUGCGUGGUGGUGGCAGUAGCUCGUAUGCGCCUCGUACUAGCUAUAGCGGGUACUCAACAGCACCCGAUUUCCCAGCACCCGAGCCGGGAACAUCGACCUUGCCUAAUACCUCGCACACGAUCCCCACUCACGAAGCGUGGCAGCAGCUCAAGUCGCACCCCAACGUCGCGUUCGAGGACCUCGCGAUGCUCGCCGACGUCGUCUCGCGCCGGUCCAAGUGCACGGGCCCGCGCGUUGUGAUCGAGCCCGCGCCCGGGAGCAUCACGCCCGAGAGGUCCAGCACGCCCGAGCCGGCGAGUGCACCGAUCUCUAGCACACCCGUCGCGCCCAAUCGACGCACUCCCAUCGCGUCCAAUCAUUCCACUAUGCCACUCGAUCGGUCCCCGACACCCACCGCGCCACCACUCAAGCAGGAGGAGGACGACCGCCCCAUGCUGGUGCCCCAGCACGUCCUCAAGACGUGUGGCCGGCGCGGCAUGCGGGAGGUCGAGGUGACGGCGGUCCAGGAGGCGCUGCGUCUGCUGGAUGCGAAGUUCCGGUUGUAGGGUGGGGUUGGUCGGUUUUAGUGGCAGUCGUUGCUUGGUUCGGCUGCACGCAGGUGUGCAGUGCCGCUGAUCUUAGGUAUCGCACGCCGUAGCUCUCUAGCACACCCCACGCGAUCACAUCUUGUACUCUACUUAGCUCUGGAAUGGG